AUGGAAGUUUUUAACAACUCAAUUAAGCCAACCUACUUCUUUCAUGGGCCUUUUAGAUUUGUGAAGGCUUAUGAGCAUUGUUUCCGCACUCACUCAAAAGGUAGAUGGGUCGGAAAUCCUAUUUUAGAAGUCCUUGAAAAGGAGUUUCAUGCAUACACUAAAGAAUAUUAUCAAAAUGCUAUAGAAAAAGGAAAAAUUCUAGUAAAUAAAUAAAAGCAAAAUAUAGACUAUCGUUUUAAGCACAAUGACUUAUUUGAGCACUUCACUAGUAGAGUAGAACCACCAAUAAUUAAUCUUUUACCAAAAGUGAUUUUUGAAGAUGAUAAAUUGUUAGUACUCAGUAAGCCUCCUUAUAUUAGCGUUCACGCCUCAGGAGGAUUUCAUUUUAACUCUCUAGUUGGAUUACUCAAAUUUGAAAUGGGUUACAACAUAGAAUUAUAUGUGCUGCAUAGAUUAGAUAAGCUGACUUCAGGAGUUUUAAUUAUGGCCAAAGAUAGGGAUUUAACUAAAAAAUUUCAUGAAUCUGAAACUGAGUUAAUUAAAAAAACAUAUUUGGCUCGUGUUCAUGGAAAUUUCAAUCAUCAGUACUUAGAAUAUGAAAAGCCUAUUUAUUGUAUUUAUAAGAAGGUAGGAACCUAUGCCGUAUUAGAUACAACUGAUGAAGAAGAAAUAAAAUCUAAAGGAGCUAAAUAGUCAAAAACUAUAUUCAAAAAAAUAUGGUAUGAUGAAAAGAGUGAUUCAUCCCUUUUAGAAUGUUAGCCAAUAACUGGCAGAACUCAUUAAAUUAGAGUUCAUUUAAGUAGUCUUGGUUUUCCUAUUAUAAAUGAUACUUAAUAUGGCGGCUAAUUUUUAGGAAAUGGAAUAAUCAAGGUGAAAUUCCCAGAAAUAUAUACUGGUUUAAAAUCUGAAAAAGCAUAAAAUCCCUAAUCAAUCUCAUAAAGCUUAAUUGAGUCAAAUUAAGAGGAGUGUGUAGAAACAAUUCAAAAAAAACAUAAAAACAAUGAAGGGGAUGCCUCAACUAGCAAAGAAAAAGUAGUAAUUUAGAAUUAAGUCGAGAGUCAUGAGAAUGAAAAAAAUAAAUAAGAUGAUUCAAAUGAAGAGCAAAAGCAUGAACAUAAUUAAAAAGAUUUAAAGGAAGUAGGUGAAGAUGGAUCUUAUAUGUUAUCUCAAGAAAAUGGUCUUUACAAAUUAGAAGGUAAUUUGGUAGAGGAUUAUGAGUGGGAUUAUAAAAAUUAGCCUUUAGAAAUUUGCUUGCAUUCUAUGAAAUAUAUUUUCUAAUCAUAUAUUUUUGAAGACGAAAAGCCUUAUUGGGCUGACUAGAACUUUUCUUUCUAAGAUUGA